AUGCAAGUGCCUUCACUGGGAUGGCAAGCUAUUGCCCUCCGACUACACCGGGCUCCUUCGUUUUGGGUUGUUUCAGCCACAGCCGGAGUCGGACGAGUCGGUCACACGCGGCAGAUGAAAGGUAUGCAAGGGGAGCAUGCCUCUCCAUCGGGAUCGAAUGCAGACGAGGAGGAGCAGCGACCCAGUCCUGCAACCUUGGACGACGCUCCGAGUCGGCCCCUCAACAUGCGACCGCACCCACGCCCCGCUCCAUCGACACCACACAACACGACAGCUGCGAUGACGAGCAUACCGAGCAGCACAAGCGCACCGACGCGGUCCCUGGUCCACCUGUGGCAUCGCCUCUCCGGCUCACCUUCGACCAGCACCGGUCCACGUGACGUCGAGAACGAGCGCGACCCAGAUCAAGACGAGAAUCACGCCGAGGGUGCCAACGACGAGGACGAGGACGCUACUUCCGACGGUGCCCGUGGGCCCGACGUACCCGGUCGAAUGCACCGGAGAUCGGCGAGCGUACCCUACGCCUCGAGCCCGGCCGCCCCCCACCCACCUGCAUCGCCGCCUGCCUCAUCCUCGGCAGCCGGUUUCCUCUCGUCCCACUUCUCGAUCGACCCCGAGCCGGUGUUGUCGAGGCUGAGGAGAGUCCAGCACCAGCGCACUCCGACACAAACUAACCGCAGCCCCGCCUCUCCGGCCAGCCCAGCUGCUGCAGCAGCAGCCGGCUCGAUCUCUCCUUCUCGCCUCUCCGAAUCUUGGGACCGGUUCCGACCGCGGUGGCCCCACCUCGGCGCCGGUUCACCGGGCUUCCACGCCGCCAGCAAUAGCAGUGGCAAGGCAGCACCUAUGCAAGGGAGUGCGAACAUCAAUGAUAGCGAUCACGACGCAUCGGCGUUGAGCGAGGUCCUCGAUGGCGAUGAAGGGGUAGUCGUUGACGACGAGGCCUGCUUCGUCGAUGGAUCGCAAGGCAAAGUUGGUCAGUCUUCACCGGUUCGACGAGGAACGGGCUAUGGAGACAUGUGCUGAUGGAUCAUGUGCAUAUUCCACUUCCUCUCAGACUUCUUGUGCUCUCUCCCCAUCGAAAUUUCGCUCUUCAUCUUGCUACACCUCGACCACGUCACCUUGCUCGAGGCCUCGGCCGUCUCUCGCACCUGGCGCCUCUUGGCCCUCGACAACGUCAUUUGGCGCGACCUCUUUCACCAGCACGCCGGGUGGCGCAUUCGUGAACCCGUCGCACCGUCGGUCGCCUCGUCAAUCUACCAUGACGCCCCCUCCAAGCCACCCUCGUUACGACGAGCGGUCACGAGCGCGAUGCGACGAGACGGCUCGCGGCGCUCGAACGCUGGCGGCGAAGCCUCCGGAUCCGGACCAGAGACGCCGACACGCCUCGUGCGACGCAUCUCGGACAUGGUCGACACGCUGGGUUCGCUCAGCUUGACUCCUCUCGCCACAAGAGCAACGCCGACCCGUGAAACCGCCGAAGACCCCAUGUCGGCGAGUAUGGGUAGCGAUUCGAGCUGGGCCCAUGCGUCGCAGAUCCUGCCCGGCGCAACCCCACGUCGCACCGCACCCCCGGUCAUCUCGACGGCCCCACCUUCGACGUCGACGGUUGCGACGAACGCCUUUGCGGCACCCCCACGAACCCAUUCGUCGACACGCGUGCCUCUAUCCCGAGCGGGCUCCUCAUCGGCGUUGUCAAACCUUGCUUCUUCGAUCGCUCACCUCCCGCCCUCCCUCGGUCCUUCGCGGCGCAACUCGUCAGCGACCUUGCCUCCUCUGGGCUCCAUACCUUCCCCUCUGCUCGGAUCAAUCCCAUCCGCGCCCUUGACGCUCAAUUGGCCUCGCCUCUUCCGCGAUCGAUACCUCGUCGACGAGCGCUGGAAGCGGGCCGCGCCUCGCUCGAACUGGUACAAGGGCCACACUGACAGCGUCUACUGCCUCCAGUUCGACCCCAAGAAGAUCAUCUCGGGCUCUCGUGAUCGCUCGGUCCGCGUCUGGGACAUCGCGACGGGACAUACGACCAAGGUUUUGACGGGCCACGAAGGGAGCGUAUUGUGCCUGCGCUACGACGACAAGGUCUUGAUCACGGGCUCGAGCGAUUCGACGAUUCUCGUCUGGGACCUCGUCGGGGAUCCAAUCACAGGAAGGGGGCAGUGGGAAGCGACGAUGCAGUUGGUUGGGCACAACAUGGCUGUGUUGGAUUUGACCUUUGACGACCAGUGGAUCGUCAGUUGCUCCAAGGUCGGUUUUCCUUUUCACCUCUAGCUCGUGCCGAGAGCUGCCCGCCCGACUGAUGAGCUUUGCUUUUGUUCGCAGGACACGACGAUCCGAGUCUGGCAUCGCUCGACAGGUGAACUGUACCGCGUACUCGCCGGCCACCGUGGCCCCGUUAACGCCGUGCAGCUCCACAAUAACCGCGUCGUCUCGGCCUCGGGCGAUGCGACCAUGAAGAUGUGGAAUGUUCUCACGGGCGAGGUCGAACGAGUCUUCACGGGUCACGAACGAGGGUUAGCCUGCGCGACUUUAUCCGCUUCGGGGGCGCUCGUCGCGAGUGGUUCGAACGACAAGAUGAUUCGCAUCUGGGAUGUCGCGACGGGGACCUGUUUGGCCAUCCUCAGGGGGCACACGGACCUCGUACGCAGCUUGGCGUUCGACGAGGCAAGGGGUUUGAUCCUCAGUGGAAGCUACGAUCGCACAACGAGGGUCUGGGAUUGGAAGAGCCAGUCUGAACUGGCCAAGUACAAGCAACACACGAGUUUGGUCUUUCAUGUCGAAUUUGAUGCGUCGCGCAUCUUUAGGUGAGUCUUCACAGUUCUCGCUGCAGCUCGAAAACGAGGUGCCGUUGACUCAUGCUCUUUUUGGUACGCAGUUCAAGUCAUGACCGUAAGAUCUUAUCUUUGGAUUUCGGCGAAGGUCUAGAUACGAGCUUGUUUGUGUAGACCCGAGUACGUCAUGAGUCUUCACAGUUCUCGCUGCAGCUCGAAAACGAGGUGCCGUUGACUCAUGCUCUUUUUGGUACGCAGUUCAAGUCAUGACCGUAAGAUCUUAUCUUUGGAUUUCGGCGAAGGUCUAGAUACGAGCUUGUUUGUGUAG